GUCCGCUCGGCCGUGCUGAGGGCGGAUCGGUGGUGUCUGCGGCUGGUGCUGGCGCGUCUCUAGAAGCCAAGGGACUUGGGUCACCUUCCACUGCUUUCCCAGGCACAUCAGCAGGAAGCUGAAUCAGAAGUGGAGCAGCCAGGACUGAACCAGUGCCUAUGUGGGACAGAUACUUUCCCAGGAUUCAGUGAUGGGGGUGAGAGGUUUACAGGGAUUUGUGGGGAGCACCUGCCCACAUAUAUGCACGGUGGUGAAUCUGAAGGAACUGGCGGAGCAGCACCGCACCAGGCAUCCUGGCUGCACUCCAACCAUCGUGGUCGAUGCCAUGUGUUGUCUCAGGUACUGGUACACCCCAGAAUCUUGGAUCUGCGGUGGCCAGUGGCGAGAAUACUUUUCUGCUUUGCAAGAUUUUGUUAAAACCUUUACAGCUGUCGGCAUCAAGUUGGUUUUCUUCUUUGAUGGAAUGGUGGAGCAGGGCAAGAGAGAUGAGUGGGUGAGAAGGAGGCUCAGAAACAGCAAGGAGAUAGCCAGGAUCUUCCAUUACCUCAAGGCACACAGGGAGCAGCCAGGAAGGAACAUGUUCUUCAUCCCCUCAGGCUUGGCCAUAUUUACGCGCUUUGCACUAAAGACACUGGGUCAGGAAACCCUGUGCUCCUUGCAGGAGGCAGACUAUGAGGUGGCUUCCUAUGGCCUCCGGCAUAACUGUCUUGGGAUUCUUGGAGAAGACACUGAUUACUUAAUCUAUGAUACGUGUCCGUACCUGUCCAUCAGCGAGCUCUGCCUGGAGAGCCUCAGCACUGUCCAGCUCUGCAGAGAGAAACUGUGUGAGAGCCUGGGUCUCCACGUGACAGAUCUCCCUCUGUUGGCCUGCCUGCUCGGCAAUGACGUGGUUCCCGAGGGCAUGUUUGAGAGCUUUCGUUACAGAUGCUUGUCUUCCUAUACCUCGGUAAAAGAAAACUUCAACAAAAAAGCCAACAUGAUCUUAGCUGUGUCAGACCAUAUAGCCAAAGUUCUUCACAUGCAUCAAGGUGAGAAAGCCUUGGAGGAGAUGCUACCUUUGGGGCCAAAUAAAGCUCUUUUUUAUAAAGGAGUGGCAUCCUAUCUUUUGCCAGGACAGCAGUCUCCAUGGUUUUUCCAGAAACCCAAAGGUGAAAUGACUUUAAACAAGCAAAUAAUGUCUGUGAGUUCAGAUCCUGAGUCCAAGCCAGAAGUUCCCAUGUGUACAGAUCCUGAGUCCAAACCGGAAGUUCCCAUGUGUACAGACCCUGAGUCCAAGCCAGAAGUUCCCAUGUGUACAGAUCCUGAGUCCAAGCCAGAAGUUCCCAUGUGUACAGACCCUGAGUCCAAGCCAGAAGUUCCCAUGUGUACAGAUCCUGAGUCCAAGCUGCAAGUUUCCAUAUGUGCUGACUUUGAGUCCAAACAGGAAGUUCCCAUGUGUAUAGAUUCUGAACCUAAGCAGGAAGUUUCCAUAUGUACACAUCCUGAGUCCAAGCCAGAACUUCCUAUGUAUACUUACUCUGAAAUCAAACAAAAAUUGCCUCUAGGAACAGACCCUGAAUUUAAGCUAGAAGCAUCCAUGAGUACAAAUCUAGAGAUCAGACAAGAAGACCCCAUACCUAUGGGGCCUGAAAUAAAGCAACCAGUAACUAUGAUUUCAGACCCUGAAAUCUUAAAGAUUGCUCGAACACAUCACGUGCAAGCAGAAAGCUACCUGGUGUAUAAUAUCGUGAGCAGCGGUGAGAUCGAGUGCAGCAACACCUUGGAGGACGAGCUGGACCAGGCCCUUCCCAGCCAGGCCUUCAUCUACCGCCCCGUGCGGCAGCGUGUGUACUCCCUCCUGCUGGGAGGCAGUGAAGAUGACACCAGCGCCGGCCCGACUGUCAAGGAGUGGUUCGUGUACCCCGGGAACCCCCUGAAGCACCCAGACCUCGUCAGGCCUCUGCCGAUGACUGUUCCAGGGGGAACGCCUAGUUUGAAAAUAUUAUGGCUGAACCAAGAGCCAGAAGCUCAGGCCCGGCGCUUGGACACACUCCUAGCCUGUUUCAACCUCUCCUCCUCCAAAGAAGAGCUGCAGGCCGUCGAAAGCCCCUUUAAAGCCUUGUGCUGCCUCUUGAUCUACUUGUUUGUCCAGGUGGACACUCUUUGUCUGGAGGAUUUGCAGGCCUUUAUUGCUCAGGCUUUGUGCCUCCAAGGAAAGUCAACUGCACAGCUCGUAAACUUACAGGGAAUGCUGCUCCCAGAAGCUCCAGGAAAACACUUUCCUUGCCUGCAGAAGAAUUUCAAGACCUGAUAGUCAUCAAGCAGGCGUCAGCAACUCUCAUACUACCGGAAUCGUCUGUUUUGUGACCACAUGAAAAAUAAAUGAGAAAUUAGGAACAAUAAAAUGCUCUUAGAUAUUUGAAGACUUAAGUAGUACAAUUCUGAGUAACUGGGGUAAAAGGGAGAUCGCAGUAGAGGCUGUGACACACUCGGAGUGGCGGUGCUCAUACCACCUGUUAGAAUUUGCAGCAUGAGGAUAAAAGCUAACGAAUGUAUUUGACAAGAAGAAAGGCUAAGGGGUGGCCUGAGAAUACAUCUUUGCACAUGAGCCAAUCAAACUGUAGAGGAAAGAGCAAGAACUAAGGAAACAGGAAACAAACCUGAUCUUCAUGGGUGUUCUGGUUCAUUCUGGUGUGCACAUGGAGUGUGCAGUCCUUUGGGAGACAGGUGGCUGUGUCUUACAAAACUGAACACGCUGUUCCCAGGCACCUGGCAGCCACGCCCCUCAGCACCUGCCCAGAGCAGGUGCGAGAGCCAUUGACAUCCCGCUGGUUGACAGUGAACAAGGGGAAGCUUGUGCUCAGGUUCACAGAUGCAGGAACCCUGCUUCAGCUCUGUCAGUGCCUGCUCACAGUGGAGAUGUGAGCAAGGUGGGCCCGGCUGACACAAGCCAAGGACUCCUCUCACAGUUUCUGUUGGGCUGGGGUCCUCUCCGUGGCGUGAGCUGCUUCUGUGAGACUCGGGGUCUGUGCCAGUGGUGUCAGGAGAAAAACACAAAGCCUAGCAUUUGAAAGGAGAAAUGAGACUGCUGUUAGGUGAUGUGAUUGUUCAUGAGGCACACCCAGCAGUCUGCAGGCCAGCCUCAUAGCUUAUGUCACUGCAGGCACAGUCAACACAGAAAACAAUGGAGGACUUGCCUAUUUUUAAAGUUUACUUUAGGAGCCAGCGCUGCGGUGCAGAGGGUUAAAGCCCCGACCUGCAGUGCCAGCAUCCCAUAUGGGCGCCAGUUCAAGUCCUGGCUGCUCCACUUCCAAUCCAGCUCCCUGAUAAUGGCCUGGGAAAGCAGUGUGCUGUGGACCCUGCACAGUGUGUCCGGAGCCCUGGGAGGACUGAGUGUGCACACAGCAUGGACCCAGGAAGAUGGCAGACAGACGCGUCUGGGGGGUGAGAAGGUGGCGGUCACAAGAAUCGGCUGCUGGUGGUGUUGUUGACUACGCUGCGGGUUGCUGAAUAUUCAAGUGGUAUCGUGGGAUUUCUGCCCUGGGAGGAGAUGGUAAACUCUGUUUAAAGUUUACUUCAAAGCAGACAAAUGUAGAAGGGAUGAAGAGAAACUGAUUCCAUUUCAGGGAGAUCUGCCAAAUCAGAGACCUACCCUGUCACUCAGCAAUCACGUGACCUUGGCUGGGCAGUCGCUGUCAUGUCCCAAGCUGGGCACUGGGGCUGGGUGAGGAGGGCAGGCUGUUGCUGAGUUUUCAGGAGAAUCCUGGAGGAGGAAGAUGCGGGUGUCCCAGACCAGAGCCGCCCCGUCUGCUGAGUGGGAAACGCGGUUCCCGAGUGCCAGGACAGGCACCCGAGAAGCUGCCUAUUUCAUCGCACAAGGCCACUGGCUAUCCGACAGCAGCUGUAGACAGCACAUGUGCAGGGGCAUGGAGUGCAGGGCUUGACAUGUAUUUUUUUUUUAUUUUAAAUAUUUAUUUAUUUGAGGGGCAGAGUUACAGAGAAAGAGGGAGAGAACACAGAGAGCCAGGAGCUGCUUCUGUGUCUCCCACAUGGGUGCAGGGGCCCAAGCACUUGUGCUGUCUUUCACUGCUCUCCCAGCCCGUUAGCAGGGAGCUGGAUUGGAAGUGGAACAGCUGGGACUUGAGCUGGCACCCAUAUGGGAUGCCAGUGCUGCAGGUGGAGGCCCAACCUACUACGACAGCGCCGGUCCCCAGGGCUCUGCUAGUUGAAGCCAGCAGAUCACAGCGAGCUGUGCGAGGAGCAGAUGCCCAACCCCACCUGGUGAUUCUUAGGAUAACCUUUAGAAGUGACGCUGUGCAGAAGCCCCUGAGAUUAAACAGAUUAGCUCUGGGACAACAAGUGAGCACGCGGCUUCUUCACUUCAGUAAGCGAAGCCUCACGGCGGGUGGGGUGGGGUAGGGAUGGGAGCACUGUGCCCUUUCCCGGCUGCUUUCCAAACACGUGAUGUUUCGAAUGGCUCUGGGUUCAUUUGAGCAAUGUGGAUACCCCAGACAGUGACUGGCGGGCACUGCCUCCCCCACGGACUCCCCUGGGCACUUGCAUGGCCAGCGGAGGCCAGGAGCUACAGAGGCGUGAGGGUGCUGGCAGAAGUGGGUGCCCCGUGGUUUCCCACCUGGGCAGCUGCUGUUGGAGAAGAGCAGGCAGGUAUGCCAGAGAAGUGUUUGGUGCUGGUGUGCUGUGACUGACUGGUAAGUACUAUGAGAAAUAUUUCACAUGGUGCAGUGUGUUAAUUUGUAGGAACUGUAAGCAGCCUGCCAGCCUUCUUCAAAGCUUUAAGCCCUCGUGUUCCUGAGCAACCCGUGUCUAAUCGUGGGUACUCACCUCAGCCUCCCUGUCUGAGGGCAGGGAAUGGAGCAGUACCCCGCGUGGUUUUCUCCUUCCUCUCAGCCUGUACAGAGAGCUUUCCUGAGAGGAGCAAACGUGGAAGCCAGCAGUGUUGUGUGUGUUUCCCCGACGAGGCCAUGGCCGGGAUGGGUGCAGCCAGGGUGGGGAGGCGGCAGACGCUGAGCUCGGCUCCUGUGUGAGGAGCAGGCCCAGUGGGUGCAACUCCUGCUCACCAGGAGCCCCCACUGCCCCAGCAGCCCUGCCCUCCAGGCCUCCUGCCCCCAGCUGAGUGCGUGAAGCUCACGUGGGUGGAGGCAGCGGGGUGGUGUGCUCUGGCCACCCAUGUCUGACCCCAUUCUCUGUGCCCCGUGUCUGC